AUGCCUCCUGUUGGACGUGGAGGACGAUCAGACACUUCCCCCUGUGGUCACCGAGGGGAGGUGGGAAUGACAGACCGCCCACGCCGUCACUAUCGCUCGCAUUCUUUGCCAACUACAGAUCCGCGCAGUCCUUACUUCAGUCGCUACUGGCAUCAUUCGUCAAGAAGGCCAAGAGAUUUUUUGCGGCAGUCCCCAAGCCUGACUUCCGUCCCCCAGUUCGACGGUGUAAGAAGUUCUCCAAAGAAUACUGUAAGAGAAGAUAAGAGAAAAAAGACCGACAUUCCUGGAUUGAAUCUACUGUUAUCACCAAAUGACCCGAAAGCAGCUACUAUUCAUCAAAACUAUUAUCCAGAGGGAGGUUGGGGAUGGGUAGUACUCGUCUGUGCUCUCAUCUUUGACGUGAUCCUUAGCACUUUGCAUCUGUCGGCUGGUUUUUUGAUUGUGGAAAUCCGAAAUCAGUUUCUGAAAGGUGAAGAGUCAAUACAACCAGUCGCUGUUGCCUCAGUGUUUCUAGGGGUGUCUCAGCUUUUAUCGCCAAUAGUGGUUGCUCUCUGCAAGAAAAAGAGCACUCGUUUGUUGGCUAUAUUUGGAGCAAUCGUGACAUCCUUAGGUUGUCUUUUCACAUCUUUCGCCACCCAAUUACAUCAGGUUUACCUCAGCUACGGAAUCUUUAUUGGAUCAGGGAACAGUUUAGCCCGUGAGACCUCGUCUAUCAUGAUUGGGCAAUACUUCAAAAAAAGACGACAGCAAGUGGAAAUGCUUUCUCUGAUUGGAUAUGGAUUCGGUGUGGCUACCAUGCCUUUACUUUUCAGCUAUUGGGUCAGACUUGUCGGUUGGCGUCGUGGAUUGCAAAUUCUGGCUGGAAUUCAAUGUGUCGUCUCUUUGGUUGCUAUCCUCUUCCGACCUGCAUCACUGUACCAUCCUCAAAGGAGGGCCAUUUUGCACAUAAAGAGUCUCCAAAAAAGGUCUAAGGCAAAGGACAAAUCAUACGUCGUAGAGAAGCGUCCUUUCAUAGACUUUUCAGUUCUCAAUUCGAGAACUGUGCAGAUUCUUGUAAUUGGAUCAGGAAUAACAGCUUUCGGAAUUUCUGCACCAUUUAUAUUUCUGGUCGAGGAAAUGCUUAAAGACAAAAUGAGUAUCAAGAACAUUUAUCACGUGAACAUCUAUUUAGGCUUGGCAUGCGCAGCUGGCUCGGCUAUAUUCGGUUUCAUUGUUAUCCAGAACAGUGCCCAAUGUAUGAUAGCAAAGCAAUAUCUUUGCCAAAGUGCAUUAUUUGUACUUAGUGUCUGGUUGUUGGUUUACCCUACCCUCUCAGGAUACUAUGGAUAUGUCCUGUUUGCUGUCGUCUACGGAAUAUUCUACGGAGGUUACAUCUACACUCUCCGACUGUGUGUUUUUGACAAAGUCAGAGCAAGAAACUUCUCCAGAGCGUGGAGUUUUCUGUUAUGGACUCAAGCAAUUCCGAACGUUAUUGGUCUACCAAUGAUUUACUACUUGAAUGAGGUCUUGGGAAACAAAAGAGGCUAUUAUUUUUCUGCUGCAGUGGUAUUCUUGGGAAGUCUGUUUCUGUUCUUGAUAGACGUCCACAAAUACCAAGCGCAAAAGAAGAAACAGAGAGACAUAGAAGCAAAUGCAGUAGUUCUUGAGGAUCCUGUCCAAAGACCGGAAUCUUCCCAUGAAACCUUAUUUAACGGAGCUAUUCCGAAGAACUACGGCGAUUUGCGAAAGGCCCAAGAAUUGACGUGCAUCUCCGAGGAAAUUCUUGUUGAGAACUACUUGGAGGACUACAUCGAUGAUUGUAUAACAUCUUGCAACAAGGAAGAGAAGUACGUCAUGCUUAGCGAAUUUGAAAACAAUCUUUACAAAACGGAUGAGUCAGUGGAGAGAGAUGGUGCAUCAUGUUCCCAAGUUGAAAUCGUUAUUCCACCAGAAGUGCAAUGUUGCAAUAAGUGCGCCCGUGAGCUCGCUACUUCUGAGAAUACCACUAAUUCCCCCCUAAAAGGGUCGAAUUCCGAUGUCAAAAUCGAUAUUAUUGAAGAACCUACAAUACCUCUAUAAAAUUGGGGUCAUUUUUGGAACUUUGGCUAGUCUCUUGGAAACGGACUUUGAUUGUGGUUAUAUGGAAGUCAGUGUUAGAAUAUCAUUAUUGCAUGAUUUGAUGUUGUGUUUGUAACGAUUUGCCUGCUAAAGAUAUUCUCACCAUUGAAUUAUAGGUUUGCACUUUUAAAAUGAAUGUUUCAAGUUGCACAAGUAUGUGAAUGGGUAGAUGAGGACGUUUAUUUGGCAAUAUUUUUAAGGAAAAUGUAAAAUUUCUUUCGAAUUAUUAUCAAUGCUGAUGAGAUAAAAUAAUGGUUAUUUAAAUCUAAUCUUAAAUGUAAUGAUAUUAUAAUUUUAUCCUUUUUUAUUCAUAAUUUUUUGCCAUUUAUUAAUUUUCCCCCCUUUUCUUUCUUAUGAUCUUUUCUACAUGGAUCAAGCUGGCUCUCGAAUUAUUUAUUAAAAAAAGACAGGAAAACGAAAUGUCCUUUUUUCUUUUUCAGUUGUUACUCAUUUUUUAGAUACUUAAAGUACAAAUAGGACUUAAGCCUAAUUUAAAAUUUGAUUUGAAUAAACAACAAUCAGAGCAUUUUUUUUAAUCUUUAAAAAUUUGUCCAUACCGUUAUUGCUAUUUUUCUGAUACAUAAUAUAUUCACAUCAUCCGUAUCAAUAUAUUUAUAAGGAUGGGUUAAAAUUUCUGGCAAGAUCUGAUACCAUUCCGCCCUGACAAUCUGAUGUUUUUACUAUUGUUAUUAAAACAAUUUUUUCUAAAAUUUUUCUUAAAAGUUAAGAGAUUUUAUCGCUAUGUUUUAAUUAAUUAAAAUUAUCAAGUAACACAGAACCGUUUUGAUACUGAAAGGUUAUAUAUAAUUAUUACCGAUGGUUUCGGAGAAAAAAUUAAAUUUUUCAAAACUAUUUUGUGAAUUUCGUGCGAAAAACAUCGAUAAAACCCAUUCACCCAUUUUUUUUCGAUUAAAGAUAAUUUCAUAUAAUUUUUCUUUUCCUAGAUCUAGCCGAAACGUAGGUUUAUCCUCAACUUUCUAGGAAUUCAAGCCACUCGAAUUAAGUAGUAUCGUGUUGUGAAAGUGUCGUCUUGUGAACAUGUAAUGAUCGUGUCGUGCAUUGCAGUGAAAUAAACAUUGCUUCUGAAUAUUUCUUGAAAAUAUUGAUGAUUCCCCGGUGAUUCCUGUUGCGCAGAUUAGUAGUAUUGUGAAGGUGUCGUGAUCGUGUCGUGUUUUGCUGUAAAGUAGACGUUGCUUCUGAAUGUUUCCUGAAAACAUUUCGACUCUGGUGAUUCGUUGUUGCGCUGAUUAGUAGUAUUGUGAAGGUGUCUCGUGACUGUGUCGUGUUUUGCAGUGAAAUAGACGUUGCUUUUGAAUGUUUCUUGAAAAUAUUUCAACUUUCGGUGAUUGAUUCGUGCUGCUCAAACUGUUAGUGUUGUGAAAGUGUCGUGUUUUGCUGUGAAGUAGAAGUUGCUUCUGAAUGUUGCAGGCAAAUAAAUAAAUGGGUAAAUGUGUUGUUCGUUAAUUAGGAAAUCGUGCUGUUUGUUUUCUUGACGAAUUCCUCUCCUAGUGGUAUUGGCUUAGCAAGAAAUGAAGUCUAAAAUGACCAUAAUGGUAGCAUUAACCAAAGGACAAAACAUGUCAUUGCAUUUAUGGAACUAAUUGAAAUAUUUUACACCACUUUUUUUCAUAAAAAAUAGACCAAAGAUAAGGGCGAAAGAAAAGCUCUACAAUUAAACAUUCAGGACUCAUUUAUGUUUCAAUAAGACAUAUUUGUAUCGAUUUUUGUAUAUGUUUAAUAAAUGUAGCUCUGUUGCAAUAAGACAUAUUUGUACCGAUUUUUGUAUAUGUUUA